UCCCCCUUUGUUUUGUAUUGAAAGAAGUGAUUGACGCUUUUUCUUCUUCUUUUUAUAUUACUAAAUAACUGAAAACAUGGUUGCUGUCCUGGAAUUAAAAGAUACGGUCGAAGAACAUUGUGUAGAUCCAAUGGGAACAGAGCAUGCCAGGGAUAAUGAGAAUCCUUUAGAAUUAGAGCAGAUUGUCAAUGUGCUUCAGUCCAUAUUAAUCGUACAAAAGCAAAAUGAGGAUGAAAAAGCGCGCAAGAUGACGACAACAACUCAAAUAAAUAACCAGUCAGAGCAAUAUUAUACAUCAAAAAAAUUAAAAAGAGAAGAACAAGUUAUUGUUGACUAUGAACUUGAUCAACAUAUCAGUCACAGUCAUCUUUUGGUCAAGCAUGGUUCAAGUAACGAAGCCAAUCUGAUCACACUCGGUUGUGUAGACACUAAAUUAAUCCAAGCGAAUACGCUCACUCCAAGGGAACAAGAGAAAGCAGAUGAACCUAUACAAAAGGCUGUUUUUUGCCUGUUCAAUAAUCAGUUUAUGAAUGCCAAGAGAUUAUUUGAGCAACAAGCGAAUAGUGAUCCACUGCAUGCAUUAGGAUUAGGCUCAAUGAUGUUUUUAAAAGCUGUUAUAACAUUCGAUCACCAAGUACACCAAGAUUCCAUUAAUGUACUAACCAAAGUUUACCAAAUUGCGACUGCACAAAUCGAUAAAGCUACUAGGCGACAUAUUGGCAGCACUGUGAGUCAAUAUCUUUCCUCUUGUCGGCAAUACAUCAGACUUUCAAAAGCUGUCCCAACAGAUAUCAAGCCUGUCCAACCAAAACAGCUGGAAAUGCACAGAGUUGAACCCAUUUCGAAUGGUAUUUUAAGAGCGCAUGUUGUCAAGGCUGAAGCGUGUCUUCAAAUAGCGAUACUAUACUUAUUGCAGGAAACAGUAGCAGGAUAUGUCAAGUGCGGAUUAAAUUUGAGAAGAGCUUAUGUAAGCUAUAGCAUUGUCUGGCAAGAAUAUAAACGCAUGGGCCAGCUUCACAAUGAAUAUAUUGAUGGUGGCACGAUCUCUGGUAUUCAGUUUGGAAUAGGAGCCAUUCACUUAAUUUUAUCAUCACUUCCACAAAAAGUGUUACGCGUCAUUUCAGCGUUUGGAUGGAAACCAGAUAAGCAUCUUGGGUUUGUGCUACUCAAACUCUGCUUAGAAGAACGAAGGGUUCGAUCACCUAUGGCUUCUGUCAUGUUACUAGCCUACUACACCACUCUGACAUCGCUUUGUCCUCAGCUUCUAGCUGGUGAAUAUACACAGCCAGCGAUAGAGACCUUACUAGACGCUCAACGUAUCUACCCAAACUCUUGUAUCUUUUUGUACUUUGCAGGCCGCACGUCGCGUCUGGCCCGUAAUCUGAUCCUUUCAUCUCAGUCGUUUCUCUAUGCAAGCGAGAUUAGCAAAAACGAAUGGGCCGAGGUCGAGAUGCGACAUGUAUGUAGCUAUGAGAUCGCAUUGAACCAUAUGAUGUAUAGUCACUGGAAGGAAGCUAACGAUAUCUUUUCCACGCUGUAUAACGAUAAAUACUUCUCACCAGCUCUCUUUCGAUACCUCUCCGGUGCCUGCUUAGACAUGAUGGGUGAACGUACCGAAGCAAUCUUGGCCCUCGCUGAUGUCCCAUCGCUCAUAAGCAACAAAUCUUCAGCGACCGAACAAUAUAUUCUUCGCAAGGUCAAAUUUCUUCAGUCAAGUGGAUAUCAGGACAUGGACAUGAUCCUCUGCGCCCUCGAGUAUCUUUAUUUCAUGAAUGCUUUUGAAUUCAUGGGCAUUCAUGAACUCGAGCAUAACCUCGAACUCGUCGAUGACGCGCUCAGUGGAAUACUGGAGGCUGAGAAGUUGGAAUACACUAUACGCACACGCGAACUCUUGCCAGAGACGCCGCCGCCUCAGUACGAAGAUCAACGCGGCGUCCUGCUGUUGCUCAAAGUAGCCAUACUAAACGCUAUGAAUUGCCAUCAAGAAUCUAUAAUACAUCUCAAUUGGGUUAUUGACCAAAGACAUAAGAUCAAGGCCGAAAAGUGGGUUGUUCCUUACAUCUUUUGGGAGGCUGGUGUCACUGCUUGGAAUAUGGAACAAAGAUCUCAAGGUGUCUCAUUCUGGCAGACUGCACUUAAAUAUACAAAUUAUGACUUUGAGAAUCGGUUGGUGAUGAAAAUUAAUUUGGCCAUGACUCAUGCAAACGAGGUUGGAGUAUACCCAAUAGAAUUAAAAAAACAAUGUAAAUUGAACUCAUCGAUCAUGUGUACCGGCAAUACACUGCACGACAGCGGUAUCAUCAUGUACCAGUCCAGUGAGAGCACGACAGAUUGUGAGGAUGAAGGAAACGAGUCCAUUGACAAAGCUGUGGAUCGGUCAAGUCUUGGAUCAUGUUAAUAUAAAUGUUUAUUAUAAUAAUAAAAUGAGAAUUUUUAUACAUGUAUUAAAUAUGUGUGU